AACGCACAGGUCUUCUCACACGGCCUAGACUUUGCUAUAAAGACCUGGUCUGUGUGUGCCGAGUCAUUUCAGUCACUGCUCGCAGUCUGUAAACAUGUCUGGAAGAGGUAAAGGAGGAAAGGGACUCGGAAAGGGAGGUGCCAAGAGGCACAGGAAGGUGUUGCGUGAUAACAUCCAGGGUAUCACCAAGCCCGCAAUCCGUCGUCUGGCUCGACGAGGUGGUGUCAAACGUAUCUCUGGACUCAUCUACGAAGAGACCCGUGGUGUCCUUAAGGUUUUCCUUGAGAACGUCAUCAGGGACGCUGUCACAUACACCGAGCACGCCAAGAGGAAGACUGUCACAGCUAUGGAUGUUGUGUACGCUCUGAAGAGGCAAGGACGUACUCUGUACGGAUUUGGCGGUUAAACCCAGAACGAACCCUGUCAACAAACAACACAAACGGCCCUUUUUAGGGCCACCAAACUUCUCAAAAAGCUUCAAUAUCACUCGAAAAUACGCAAUCUUAGUUUGUUUCUUUAUUACAAUUAUUGUUU